AUGGAGGCAGGGACUACUCUUCAUAUCAGCAUGACUGCAGCACCACCAAGAUCCUCAGCAUCAUGGUUCCUCUGUGUUCGAAUGGCGAAAUGGUUAGCUGUUGUGCUCUUAAUCAUCAUAAUACUAAUCAUGGCCAUUGCCUGGUCUGUCUUGAAACCACAGCUACCCGGUUUUCGAGUUAGCUCAGUUUCUGUGUCCAACUUCAGUGUCACUGAUUCACAGCUCAAAGGAAAGUAUGAGAUUGAUCUAAACAUCACAAACCCAAACAAGAGGGUUGAUGUGAAUGUUGACCACUUCAUAUUCUUCGUGUGCUAUGACUCCGUGGUGGUUUCGGCUCCAGAACCGGUGCUUCAGCAGACACUGCUAAUCUAUGUGGAGAAGAUGAGGGAGAAGGACAUGAAGGUUGAGUUGAGGUUGAAGGACACACCACCAGCUCCAAUUCGAAGAAGCAACAAGAACAUGGUUAAGGAUUGGAAGAAAAGGGUGGUGAACUUCAAUGUGAAAAUGAAGGGUAGAGUUAGAUACGAGCAUGUGAUAUGGGGAACAGAGGAGAAGUUUUUGGAUAUUUAUUGUGGAGACCUUGAUGUUGAGUUUUUUACCAUGAAGGACACAGGGAAGCUCCUAGGUGUUGGGAAGGAUUGCAAUGUUACUACGUUAGAACAAGAUUAA